AGACACACCAUAUUCUAAUUAAUUUCUCUUCAUUCCUUCUCCAUCGAAAUAUUUUUGCCUUGCCCGGAAGAAAAAGAAAAGUAUUCGAUUCUUUACCUGAUUGACAAGAUUGGGAUAUUGAACAUAGACCCAUUUUAGUUUUCAAGACAUUAUAAGAUGCGGCUAAGGUUAAUUUGCUCCUCCAUGCCCUCCCUCUCAUGGCUUCUGCUCAAUGUUCUGUAGGAACACUAGGACUCUGCCAGGGCCUAAACAGAGUCUCCAAGCCAUUGUCCAUUCUUCAAUCAGGCAAUGCAACCCAUUUCAAAAACUCUAUUCCUAAAUUGUCACAAACAUCAGGAGGCUCAAAGAAGAACCUUGCAAGUUGUUACAGAAAGAGCAAGGAGGAUCAAUGGAGGGUUUGGUGCAGUGCCGAUGGCGCCAGUCCAACUUCCCCUGAAGGGCCAGUGAUGAUGCCUAAUUCAGUGUUGAACCUCACUCAGGAGUUCUACAAUGCCAUCAAUGCCAAGGACACCAAGAAGCUAGACCAAAUUCUUUCAAAUGACUGUACAUUUCAGGACCUCAUAUUUUACAUUCCCGUUGGUGGAAAACAGAGUAUCAUAAACUUCCUGCGCCAAGUUAUGGAUGCAAUGGGACCAAAUGUACAUUUUGUCAUAGAUGGUUCUAUGAAAGGGGAAAAUCUUACUGCAACUAUAAAUUGGCAUCUAGAAUGGAAGGCUACGGAGCUGCCGUUUACAUAUUGUCACAAUUCCUUUGAAUGCCAACUAGUUGAUGGGAAGCUCUUCGUCAGGAAAAUCACUGGAGUCCAAGAAUUUCCUAUAAAACCUGGAGAUUUUAUACUGAAAGGGUUGAAGGCAACAAGCACUUUUUUUGACAGCUUCCCUGUUGCAGCAGAUGGGUUGCUGGCAAAACCCAACGGCGGGCUUGUGAAGCUUCUAGACAUGCUUGGUGCUUACAAAAAGCGUUAGCAUACCCUUAGCAGAUCAAUUGAUUUCCCCUAUGGUAAUUAAGAAAUGAUUAUAUAUACUCCUAAUUAAGCCUUUUUUUUUUUUAAUUAAAGGAUUGUGUGAAGCAGCUAUUUGCAUACAUUAAAAAAACUAUCUGACUUUU